AUGUCAAGACUCGACAAAUUACUAGACCUGAUCGAAACCGCGCCCACUUCAGCUGCACGUCGCGCGGCUGCGCUGCAGCUUGGAGAGAUCAUUAGUACAAAGCCAGAAGAAAUAGGAAGGCUUCUCACACGUAUUUACCCAUACACGAUCCACAAAAAGUUGGAAACAAGAACUGCUGCAGGGAUUGCAGUUGAAGCAAUGGCUAAAAAUGUCCCAGCUGUUCGUUGCACGAGCCCAACCGAUGAAUGGACAUUUGACAAUUUCAACUUGGAAAAGCGAAUAGGAGAACAUAGGGUUCUUUUGGCCAGUGAGGAAGAAACCAAAAAAAUUGUACCUGUUGAAUUUGUCGCGAACGAAAAAUUAAGUAAACGACAGAAAUUGUCGAUGAAACGGAAAGCGAAAAUGAAACAAGAAAAAGAGGUAGAAGUUGUUGAAAAAGUUGAGAAAAUGGAUUUUACGUGCGAAGGUUGGCCGUUCCAGAAGUUUUGUGAAAAAUGCUUGGAGAAUGUUUUUGACGCGCGGUGGGAAAUUAGACAUGGAGCGGCCAUCAGUUUAAGAGAAGUAAUUCGAUCUCAAAGUCGCUCACUAACCACAGAAUGGAAAAUUGAUUUGACGCUCAAACUACUUGUUGUUGUUUCAUUGGACAGAUUUGGAGAUUUUAUAUCGGAUACCGUCAUUGCUCCGGUGAGAGAAACUUGUGCUCAAGUUAUUGGGAUUUCACUUCAAAACAUUGGAAAUGUCGACAAGUUUGUUACGCUUAUAUGUCAGAUGUACCACAAAGAAGAGUGGGAAAUCAAACACGGGGCAUUAUUGGUGAUGAAGUAUGUUGUUGCAAUUAUCGACAAGAAAAACGUUCAACCACUAUUUGUAACGGUAAAACCAAUGUUGUUGGAAGCUUUGACUGAUGUCAAACAUGACGAAUCUGUUGCGGUUGCUGCGGAGGUCAUGAGAGAGUUGGUUGAUGUGAUGAAAACUGAUAGAGAGUUGAUACAAACAUUACGAGAGAUGCUAUGGGAUGUUUUAGAGGAGUUGGAUGAAUUAACAGCUUCUGCGAACAAUGUUUUGCAAUUGCUUGAAUGUGUUGAUAAAAUUGCUGCAGAACAAACACCAAUUCCACUAGAAACCCUAAUUGAUGAAUAUAUCCCAAAACUUUUGACAUUUUCUGGACACGUCCUGGCCAGUGUGAGGACUGCAGUGAUGGAAACGUAUUCAUCUAUUUUAUCCCAAAUUUUACAACAACUUUCAAUUGAAAAACAGAAGAGAAAUAUCCCGCCAAGUGGAGUUUCUUUAGAAAAUUUGUUUUUUCAAUGUUGUGCAGAAAUUGUUGCGGAAGGUAACGAUUAUUCUCCAAGUGUUGAUGACCUUCUAAGCGAUGAAAUUAAAAGUGAAAUGCCGCAUAACUCACGACUUUUAAAACAUGCAGUGAUGAACGCUGAAUUGGUUUUAACGAUUGUGAGUUAUGCAUUUCCACGAAGUGUGUCAAAAAUAGUUGGAGAAUUGCCCAAGUUAUUGAGAAUUUUUGAAAUAGGUGUCAGGGGGUUGGUUGAUAAAAAGGUGAUAUCUUACAUUUCCAAAGUCCGUCGUGAUGCUCCCGUUGAAAAUCAAAAAAGGGAACGUAUUGAUGUUUUGUUUAAUGGAGCUUUUGUUGUGUCGAAACUACUUUGCGUUGCUAAAAAAAAUGGAGAAGAUGGAGAAAAUUAUGUUGUUGACUCAAUGGUAACUCCACAAUCCAUUAUGUUUGGAGCGUUGGUUGCUCAGAUGAAUGGAGAUAACACCCGAUUUAUUAAGGUGAAGUUGGAAGAGAUUUACAAUAAUUAUCACUAUGAAGACCCAACUUCUUUUGAUUGGAAGAUUAUUGUGGAUAAUUACAGAGAAAUAUCAGCGAAGUAUAAUCUUCCACAAGUGAACAACACACUAGAACUUGUUCAACAACUUGAAACAGUGAAAACAAAAGAACCAGAAAAAACACAAGUGGUUGAAACAAUGCUUCAAAAGUAUUUGGGUAACAUCGAGGCUAUUGUAUCACGAACAAAAGCAACAAUUUUGGGUGGAAUUUUUCCAAAAGUUAACGACUUGAAUAUUUUAUUCGAACCAAUUCUGAGAGAAAUUUCACCUUUGUUGACAGAACAUUUUUCAAAAAUAUUUCACACUAUUUAUAAGACACAACCAGAUACACGAACAUUGGGAAUAUUCUUUAAUUUGCUGCUGAAUUGGUUAAAAGGAAAAUAUGAAGUUGUAAGCGAGACAAUCAACAGUGGAGAAAUCAAUUUCUAUAAAAUAGACCCUCCAUAUUCUUUGCACUUUUUCAUGAAAUUUUUGGCACAACACGAGGAGUACCAUCCAUACCUCCUUUCGAUUUUAACACCACUACUCACAAAAGCUCCACCUAAAGACCCAACAUCAUCAUUAUAUUUCAUAUUUUCUAUCAUGGUGUUGCCUUUCUUGCCAACAUGUCCUUUGCAUGUAGACCAUUUGAAAACACUUUUGACAGACAUCGACAGCGCACAUGCAUAUCUAAUUGCUACAACUCUCUCAAGAUUGUUAAGACUUCAUAAAGAUAUUCUUUCGAUAUUUAUCACUUUAAUAUACCCACAACUCUCUGUGACAUCAACAACACUCAACGCAGCACUCCAUAUAUUCCAUUAUAUGUGUUUGUCUCCUUCAAUGGCAACAUUACUUAUACCAAUAUUUCCACUCUUGAUCACACCAUUUUUAUCUGUGAUGAACUCGAACCACGAGAACACAGUGAGGAGACUUGGAGCACAGUGUUUCAGUGUAGUAUUACGAUACUUGCCAUUGCAUGUGACGCCACCAGCAGAUUUGCCCGACAACUUGAAGAAUGAAAUUGAACAGAGAAAGAUAUUCAUCUCCUUUUUGUUUGACGGAGUUAGGAGCCAGUCCAUUGCACAAUUCGCUGUGUUUAAUCACCCAAUCAAUGGAAAGUUACGGCCUUAUCAAUUGGACGGUAUUUCAUGGUUACUAUUUCUUAAUAAGUACUGUAUCAACGGGAUUUUGUGUGAUGAUAUGGGUCUUGGGAAAACAUUACAAACGUUGUGUAUGCUUCUGACUGUUCAUGCAGAAGCGGAGUAUCCGAGUAUGAUAGUGUGUCCACCAACACUUACUGGUCAUUGGAAGCACGAAAUCGAAGCAUUCAUUAACACAAACGAUUUAAAGGGGAUUAUAUACUCUGGCAGUGCAAAGGAAAGAAUCCAUAUUUUGAGUGGAUUGAAGAGUAAAGACAUUUUGAUAGCUUCAUAUGAGAUGAUCAGACAUGACCUUGAUUCCUUCAAGAACAAACGGUUUACAUAUUGUGUACUUGACGAGGGGCACAUCAUUAAAAAUCCAAAAACAAAAUUGACCCAAGCUGUGAAACAAAUUAUGUCACUUCAUCGACUCAUUUUGACUGGAACACCAAUCCAAAACAACGUAUUGGAGUUAUGGUCAUUGUUUGACUUUUUGAUGCCAGGGUUUUUAGGCACUGAAAAGGAGUUUUCGGAAAGGUACUCAAAACCAAUUUUAGCCGCAAAAGAUUCUGCAAGCCCAGAGGAUCAGGAGAGGGGAGUAAUUGUGAUGGAGAAAUUACACAGACAAGUUCUUCCGUUCAUAUUGAGAAGACUGAAAGAAAGUGUGUUACAAGACUUGCCACCCAAAAUUAUUCAAGAUUAUUAUUGUGAUAUGAGUCCAGUCCAGAAAAUGUUAUACCAAGAGUUUGAAUCAACCAAUGAUGUUGAAGAAAUGGUCCAGAAAAAGGAUGAAAGUGCAAAGCAGAAGAACCACAUUUUCCAGAUUUUAACGUAUUUCCGAAGAUUGUGUGUCCACCCGAAACUGGUAUUGGACGACAACCACCCGAUGAAGGCAAAAGUCGAUGCUUAUUUGAAAGCCGAGGGGAAGACUAUUGAUGAUAUUUCGAAUUCCCCAAAACUUCUUGCAUUGGAGGAGUUGCUUAAAAUGUGCAACAUAGGGAAAGACGGAGAACAUCGAGUACUUAUUUUUGCUCAAUUGAACGUAACAUUGGAACUUAUUGAGGAACAGAUAUUCAAGAAGUCAUUUCCAUAUAUUUCAUAUUAUCGAUUAGAUGGUUCUGUCCCGACUCACAAAAGAACUGAAAUCGUCGAGAAAUUCAAAAAUGAUCCGACAAUAGAUGUGCUGUUAUUAACAACACGUGUUGGAGGGCUUGGACUCAACUUGACCGCUGCGGACAUCGUUAUAUUUAUGGAACACGACUGGAACCCAACAAAAGAUUUACAAGCAAUGGACAGAGCGCACCGACUUGGACAAAACAAAGUUGUCAACGUGUAUAGACUGAUUGUCAGACAGACGCUCGAGGAAAGAAUCAUGAAUCUUCAAGAAUUCAAGACUAAAAUAGCGAAUACUGUUGUCACAAGAGAAAAUGAAACUUUUGCCGGGAUGAACGCAGGGAGUUUUGUGGAACUCUUCGACUCAAAAGAAGAGAAAAAGCCCGAGAAAAAGAACGAAAAGGGAAUUUCUGCUUUGCUUACAUCACUUGGCGACUGGGACGAAGGUGCAUAUGGAAACGAAUUCGACCUGGCUUCGUUUGUUGGAAAAAGUAAAUGA